GGUGGAUACCUUGAGGUAAUUACUGUUUGGGAGAGAGAGAGAGGACCCGGCGAGAAAGUAUAGCUAUCCGGCCAAGAUGAGCGGAUUCCGCCAAGAGAAUGUGGAAGAUUUCUUUGAGAUGGGAGAGGAGCUGGGAAGUGGGCAGUUUGCUAUUGUGCGAAAAUGCCGUGAUCGUCGGACAGGUGUGGAGUACGCAGCCAAAUUUAUCAAGAAGCGGCGGCUGUCGUCGAGCCGCCGAGGAGUAAGCCGUGAAGAAAUCGAGAGGGAAGUAGAUAUUUUAAGAGAGAUCCAGCACCCAAACAUCAUCACCCUCCAUGAUGUGUUUGAGAAUCGCACUGAUGUGGUGCUGAUUCUCGAACUCGUAUCAGGAGGGGAGCUGUUUGACUUCUUGGCGCAGAAGGAGAGUUUAACUGAAGAAGAAGCAACCAUGUUCCUCAAACAGAUUCUUGAUGGUGUCCACUACCUCCAUCACAAAAGCAUUGCACACUUCGACCUAAAGCCAGAGAACAUCAUGCUGCUGGACCAGACCUCCCCUAAUCCUAGGAUCAAACUCAUAGAUUUUGGAAUUGCACACAAGAUACAAGCCGGGAACGAGUUCAAAAAUAUCUUUGGGACGCCAGAAUUUGUUGCUCCUGAAAUUGUCAACUAUGAACCUCUAGGUUUGGAAGCUGAUAUGUGGAGCAUUGGCGUGAUCACCUACAUUCUCCUCAGCGGGGCAUCGCCUUUCCUCGGAGAGACAAAACAGGAAACUCUUACAAACAUUUCUGGUGUUAAUUAUGAUUUUGACGAGGAAUAUUUUAGCAACACAAGUGAACUGGCCAAGGACUUCAUCAGACGGCUGUUGGUUAAGGACCCAAAAAAACGAAUGUCGAUUGAUCAGAGUCUUGAACAUUCAUGGAUAAAGGCUAUCAAACGAAGGAACGUACGUCAUGAGGAGAGCGGCAAGCGCCCAGAGCGCAGGCGGCUGAAGACAACCCGUCUAAAGGAAUACACUAUCAAGUCACAUUCCAGUAUGCCUCCUAAUAAUACCUACGUGAACUUUGAAAGGUUCAGUCAUGUGCUGGAGGAAUUGAGUGCAGCAGAGGAUGCACUCAAGGAUCUGCAGAGAACUCAGGCCACUUCCAGGGAAGACCUCUGUGCCCUUCGUUCCAUUUACGAGGAGAAAGAAAGCUGGUAUCGUGAGGAACAAGAAGGGGUGGGCCGCGAGCUAUUGGGUCUGAGGCAGGAGCUACGACGUGGGGAGGGUCAACGUCGGCAGGUUCAAGAGGAGCUGCAUAGUACCCUUCUUAGUGCUAAUAGCUUAAAGAAGCGGUUUGGCACUUUGGAAAAUAAAUAUGAGGCACUUGCAUCCCAGUUUAGCGCGGAGAUGAGCUUUGUUGAAGAGUUGCUGAAAACUGUGGAAAAGGAGCGACUGGGAGAAGUAGAUAUGAAGGGAGUAUGCUGAUAGAGAAUAAGGGGCUUAUAGAUGAUUGCAACACAUGGAGACCAAAUUAUAUAAGAAAGUAAAAAGGGGGUUUGUUUAUGUAAGGUACAUAUGGGUGCAUGAUUGCUUUAGGAAAAGUUAGUGGGGUAUGUUGAGAUGCAGCGGGUGAUAUGCAUGUUAAUAACCAAGAGACUGGGUUUGUAUAGUUAAACUUUAGGAGAUGCCAAUAACCUUGCUGAGAUGAAACCUGGGUCCUAGUUACACACAAUAUGGUGAGCCAAGGGGAAAUAAGCUGAAAAGGAGUGACUUCUUAAAGAUGAGAAUUGUGUUUUUGAGAAAAGUUGAUGCAUAGCAAUGGUUAAGAAUGGGGGAGGGGUGUUAUCUUGCAUAUUAUUCAUUCCUGUUAUCUCUCACACCACUUUUCCAGCUCUAUGGCAUUAUGUUUAAGCACACGGCAAAUUGUUCAGUGCCCUGAGUGUUGGGUAUAGUCAUGCUUCUCAAUUUAAUGGAAGCCACCUAAACCUAUGACAGAUGUUGUGGGGUAAUGGUGGAUAUGUAUGGCUGUCACGAAAUCUGUAAAAUAUAACCUUUAAAUGUAAUUUUAUUUGAAAAGAAAAAAAAAAGCUUUGUAUUUAU